GUCCGUUUUUUUAAUAAACCGAUCAUAAAUCCAAUGUGAGUGCUCCAAGUGUGACGAUGGCCGAGCAAGUGUUUGACGAUUGGCGCGAAUUAAGUCAAGACUUUAAAAAACUCGAAGCCGUUAAUAAAACAUAUCAAGAGAAACUCGACGAGCUCAACAAGUACCAAAAAGAGUGCCAGAAACAGAUCCAGCAUCAAAAAUACCGCAUCGCCAUCAUCAACAACACCAUCAAACGCUCGAAAGACGACCGAUACGAAGAACUCAAGGAGGAGAUUCUUAAACGUGAGGCGCAACUUCAAGACAUCCAGCAAACACUGCCCAAGGAAAAUGGAAGGUACUUGAAAGUGAUUUUGGGCAACGUCAAUGUCUCGAUUCUGAAUAAAGAGGACAAGCUCAAGUACAAGAGCGAGUAUGAGAAGUUCAAGCUGAUUGUGAGUGCGUUGGCGUUCGUGUUUUCGGUCGUCAAUUUGCUUUUUAUAAGCCGGAGAUUGGAGCGUCUGUAUUUGUUUAUACUGGUGUGGUACUAUUCCACUCUCACUAUCAGAGAGAGUAUUCUGAGGGUCAACGGUUCCAAAAUCAAGGGCUGGUGGAUGGUGCAUCACUACAUCUCGGCCAUAACGGCGGCAAUUCUCCUAAUUUGGCCCGAAAGCGACACUUGGAACCAGUUCAGGACGCAGUUUAUGUUUUUCAAUGCGUACAUCAGUGUGGUGCAGUACUUGCAGUUUCGGUACCAACAGGGAGUGCUCUACCGACUUAAAGCCCUGGGCGUGAGGGACAAUAUGGACAUUACGAUUGAAGGGUUCCACCACUGGAUGUGGCGGGGACUUAGCUUCCUGUUCCCGUUUUUGUUCGUUGUGUACUUCUACCAACUCUAUUUAGCUUACUCGCUGUAUAAUUUAAGUUACGUAAGCGGUGCCACCUGGCACGUUAGUGCCUUAUCAAAAUUGUUUUUAACCUUAUCAGUUGGAAACAUCACGACCAUGAUGAUGAUUAUCCCCGAUAAGUUUAAGAAUAAUGUGAGGCUAAAGUACAGGGUACUUAGUCAGAAAUUGUUCAGCGAUAGCGAAAGCAAAAACAAGAAAAAUAAAAAACAAUAAAGAUAGUAUUUAUA